AUGGGCUUUCUUAGUUUUAUGCCCUCAAUUAGGCUCUUUGAGAAUCCUCCUUCUCAAGUCCAAAGCACCUCAGCCUCUCCUGAUGACCUCCCUACUGCAUCGCCAGUCGUAACCUCAGAUUCACGAACAGCUUCUUCAUCAUCCAUAGAUCACAGACCAUCUUCAGUUUCAACUUCUGUCCCUCCAUCUCCAGCUACUGCUAUUAACUCUUCAUCUGCUGCUGCUCUCGGUCCUAGUUACUCGGCCUCUACUUCUACGGGUAGUCAGUACGGAUCUUCGGUCAUCGGAUCCUCCGCCUCCGCAUCGUACCCACUUGAAUCACCUACCUCACCUUCAUCAACCACCUCGGCAAACCGUCUUACAAACUUUCUGCAAGUCCCGGGAGGUGAUCUUGCAGAGUCGUCCGCAAGCACCAAUUCAAGUAUCCGGACAAUCAUUCAUCCGCAGCUCCAUCUACAGCAGCAGCAACAGCAGCAACAGCAAUACCAACAGUCCUCUCCGGCCACCUCGGGUUUCUCAAAAAAUUCCGACCCGCAAGUUGACUCAACACCAAAAUAUAUUAAUAGACCAAUUCGUUCUUCAAUGAUUAUCGAUGAUGAUGAUGAUGAUACGGAUUUUACUAAAAAUCCUUCUUCACAUCCUCAGUCUCAAGUAACCCACUCAAAUCCUAUCGUUAAAUAUAGCUUGAAUCUAGACUCUCCAACAAUCCCAGCAACUUCCACAAUCCCUAAAGUCUCAACAACAAGUAAUCCUUCUAUACGUCCCAUCUCAGCUAUUUCAGCUGCUUCUGCCUCCUCAGCUACCUCUAGUCAAGCCACUUUUUCAUCUGCAACCCUCAGCUCAAAUAACUCAUCAAAUAAUUCCUCUUCCCGUGGAUUCUUUUCUAAAUUACGCAGAAACAUGUCAAGCUCAUCUCGCAAUAACCCUUCAAGAUCUUCAGAAGACCUAGAAGAAAAUGAUGUUCAAUUCAGAGUUCGUGAUGAAGGCUGCAAUUCUCGAGUCUUUGGCUUUGUUCCAAGCUUCCCUACUCCCCCCAAAUAUAUUUGGGUUCAUGCCCAUAAGAAGAAAAAUAGAGAGUUUACCCGCAUGUUUCUGGCUCAGGAACUUGUCACUGAAGAUUCCCCCCGACCCAGUAGUGAAGAUUCCUUUUCUCAAAUUACCUCCGGCUCUUCCUCAGGCCGUUUUGGCCAUCGCCGCUCAUCUUCAACAGGAUCCGGAACAAGUAGCUUAGGUUCAACCCCAUCUAAGCAAGCAGACCCAAAACGCCGCGCCAUUUGGUGCGCAAAAUUCUCUCUCGAUGGUAAAUACCUCGCAACCGCAGGAAACGACGGCGUAAUCCGAGUCUGGAAAGUUCUUUCCGACGUUGCAGAUCGUGAAGCAUUUGAAAAUUCCAUCAAUGAUUUAAUGAGCGACGAUGAAAUUGACCACCUCACCGUCCCUCAAUCUCCACUCCUUAACCCUUCAAACGGUCCCGCAUCCCAAUCUUCAAAACCUUACCGCCGCGGAUCCAUGCGCAUCAGUAACCACAAACCCAAAAAACAAAUUGUCUCAGCACCAGUCUUUUCUCCCAAACCAUACAUUGAAUACACAGGCCACAUGCAGGGCGUGCUAGACCUGUGCUGGAGUAAAAAUAAUUUCCUUUUAUCCGCUUCCAAAGAUAAGACAGUACGCUUAUGGCAUGUCCAACUCCCCAAUUCCAUCAAAACUUUUGUUCAUAAUGACUUUGUCACCUCCAUUGCAUUCCAUCCUUCUGAUGAUCGCUUCUUUCUUUCCGGUUCCUUAGACUCUAAAGUUCGUCUCUGGUCUAUCCCGGAAAAUAAGGUCGAGUUUAUCCGCGAGGCUCCAGAUUAUAUCAUGGCUGUCGCAUUUGCCCCCCGUGGUGAUACCGUCGUGGCUGGUUGCUUUGGCGGUCAGUGUCUUAUUUAUGAUACUGAUAAUCUCCGUCGCAGACUCCGCAUUCUCGUCCGCUCUACCCACGGGAAAAAUUCAAAUGGCUCCCGCAUCACUGGCAUUCAAAUCAAAACCAUUCCUAAAAGACAUGAUCCAGGAGCCGCUCUUGGCCAAGUAGAUGAUGAAACUUAUCUUAGUGAAACUAAAAUGCUGGUUUCCACUGGUGAUUCUAGAAUCCGCAUGUACAAUCUCCACACUGGCUUACUCGAAGCCAAGUUUAAAGGCCACACCACUAUUGAUGGCCAAAUUCACGCCUUUUUUUCAGAUACUGGCGAUUACAUCAUUUCAGGAAGCGAAGACCAAAAAACUUACAUUUGGCGUACGCGUGGCGGCCAUCCAGGCACUAAGAGUAGCCGGGACGAGGAGUCAUCCAAAACAAAGGAAUCUUACGAAUAUUUCCACUCAAACAAGGCCCCCGUUACAGUAGCCCUUUUUGCUCCUUCUGCCACAAGAAGUCUUCUCUAUAAUUCAAGAGACCCCAUUUAUGAUUUGGCCAUUCCUCCUCCAAUCAUCUUGACCCCAUCAUCUUCCUCUGUAAUUGAAGAUGGUAGCUUUGAGCACCUUCCUCAAGAACCAUCACUUCUUGAUCCUGCUACUCUUCAAAAAGUUAGCUCACCCUUGGAUGGCAAUAUCAUCAUCACUUGUGACGAGCUCGGCAUCAUCAAGGUGUUCCGUCAAGACUCGGCAUAUGAGCGUCGCAAACAAGCUUCCGAAACUGCCUCGUUAAUUCAAAAGAAACGCAUUGGUGGCAUUUCUCUUAGUCCCACACAAAGUCGACGCACAAUGGCCUCCUUUGACUCUACACCGCCACCGUCAACUUUUUACACUGAAGCCGCUACCGCCCGCCAUGCCACACUACCUGCUGUUAUUGCCUCCAGUUCCCGCAGCAACUCGCCUAUUUCCUUACAUGCUGCCCGGUUCUCGGAUUUGUCGUCCCAGGACAGUAACAACAACAGCAACAACUUUGUCCGCCCGCAGUAUGGCUCCAAUACAAGCUUAAGUGCAAUGGCCCAAUCACAGUCUCUUAACAGACGCUCUUCUCUUAGAAAUGAUGCCCUUUCACCACCCCCCAUUAACCAGCCUGUUUCAUCAUCAUUACACCGGACAUCCAGUAUUCGUGUAAGAAGUAGUAGCUCGGGACCAGUGUCUUCAGUCAGUUCCAAUAAUAAUGGCAUGGCACGAUCCAUGUCAUUUAGUCCCGGCCAUGGACCUAACUCGGUUGCAGCUCGGCAGUUGCUUCGGUCCGAAAAUGGAACUUCUCCUGUACCUCAAUACCAUCCAACACUACAACAACAACAACAGCAACAACAGCAACAACAGCAACAACAGCAACAACAGCAACAACAGCAACAACAGCAACAACAGCAACAACAGCAACAGCAACAGCAACAGCUUCAUCCUCAAAUGAACCAGCGCAUGUCGCGUGCCGAGUCACCAUCCAGUAUCAGUUCUCUCGAGUCCUUUUCACCCCGCCAGUUUAUUGCACAAGCUCUUGCAAACUCUGGGCUUUCGGGAUACUCGAGCGGUGCAGCAUCAAGCAAUGCUAGUUCUAAUGAGUCUCAGUAUAUUGCAUACGGCGUGCCCACUCCACCUUCUGGGGCUCCUCUACAGCAACAGCGCCCCCCUGGAUCCAGAGACUUGUCACCUGCACGGCGACCUGUUGUAGACACUCAAGUAGGACAAGCCACGGACUUUUUGCACUGUCCCAACUGUGCAUCACAAGAUUUCAAGGUAAGAGCCACACCAAGAGGACCCGCAAUGAUGUGCACGCAGUGCGGCACUGUAAUUAAUUCAUAG